AUGCAGAAGAGCGUGCGCUACAACGAGGGGCACGCGCUGUACCUCGCUUUCCUGGCGCGCAAGGAGGGCACCAAGCGCGGCUUCCUCAGCAAGAAGGCGGCCGAGGCGAGCCGCUGGCACGAGAAGUGGUUCGCGCUGUACCAGAAUGUGCUCUUCUACUUCGAGGGCGAGCAGAGCGGCCGCCCGGCGGGCAUGUACCUCCUGGAAGGCUGCAGCUGCGAGCGCACGCCCGCGCCCCCCAGAGCCGGCACGGGGCCCGGAGGCGCCCGGGACGCGCUGGACAAGCAGUAUUACUUCACUGUUCUUUUUGGCCACGAGGGGCAGAAGCCGCUGGAGCUGCGCUGCGAGGAGGAGCAGGACGGCAGAGAGUGGACGGAGGCCAUCCACCGGGCCAGUUACGCAGACAUUCUGAUUGAGAGGGAAGUUCUGAUGCAGAAGUAUAUUCACCUAGUUCAGAUUGUAGAGACAGAAAAAAUUGCAGCUAACCAACUUCGCCAUCAACUUGAAGACCAGGACACGGAAAUCGAAAGGCUGAAGUCAGAGAUCAUCGCUCUCAAUAAAACCAAGGAGCGGAUGCGCCCUUACCACAGCAACCAAGAAGACGAGGACCCAGACAUCAAGAAGAUCAAAAAGGUGCAGAGCUUCAUGCGCGGGUGGCUGUGUCGCAGGAAGUGGAAGACCAUCGUGCAGGACUACAUCUGCUCCCCGCACGCCGAGAGCAUGCGGAAGCGCAACCAGAUCGUGUUCGCCAUGGUGGAGGCGGAGUCCGAGUACGUCCACCAGCUGCACGUGCUGGUCAACGGCUUCCUCCGGCCCCUGCGCAUGGCGGCCAGCUCCAAGAGGCCCCCCAUCAGCCACGACGAUGUCAGCAGUAUUUUUCUCAACAGUGAGACGAUCAUGUUUCUCCAUGAAAUCUUUCACCAAGGCCUGAAGGCAAGGAUCGCGAACUGGCCCACUUUAAUCUUGGCUGAUCUGUUUGAUAUUUUGCUCCCCAUGCUGAAUAUUUAUCAAGAAUUUGUGCGCAAUCACCAGUACAGCCUCCAAGUCCUUGCCAACUGUAAGCAGAACAGAGACUUUGACAAACUCCUGAAGCAGUACGAAGCCAACCCUGCCUGCGAGGGGAGGAUGCUGGAGACCUUCCUCACCUACCCCAUGUUCCAGAUCCCCAGGUACAUCAUCACGCUGCACGAGCUGCUGGCCCACACGCCCCACGAACACGUGGAGAGGAAGAGUCUUGAGUUCGCGAAGUCGAAGCUGGAGGAGCUGUCCAGGGUCAUGCAUGACGAGGUGAGUGACACCGAGAACAUCAGGAAGAACCUGGCCAUCGAGAGGAUGAUCGUGGAGGGCUGUGACAUUUUGCUGGACACCAGCCAGACCUUCAUUCGCCAAGGCUCUCUCAUUCAAGUACCUUCCGUUGAGCGGGGGAAGCUGAGCAAGGUGCGCCUGGGUUCGCUGUCUCUGAAGAAGGAAGGCGAGAGGCAGUGCUUUCUGUUUACCAAGCACUUCCUGAUUUGCACCAGGAGCUCCGGGGGAAAGCUGCACCUGCUCAAGACAGGCGGGGUGCUGUCGCUCAUGGAGUGCACGCUCAUCGAGGAGCCCGACGCCAGCGACGAUGACGCCAAGGGCUCCGGGCAGGUGUUUGGACACCUGGACUUUAAGAUCGUGGUGGAGCCGCCGGAAGCCGCCCCCUUCACCGUGGUCCUGCUCGCGCCCUCGCGCCAGGAGAAGGCGGCCUGGAUGAGCGACAUAAGCCAGUGUGUGGACAACAUCCGAUGUAACGGCUUGAUGACCAUAGUGUUUGAAGAGAAUUCCAAAGUCACAGUGCCACACAUGAUCAAGUCGGACGCCCGUCUGCACAAGGACGACACGGACAUCUGCUUUAGCAAGACGCUCAACUCCUGCAAGGUGCCCCAGAUCCGCUACGCCAGCGUGGAGCGCCUGCUGGAGCGGCUCACCGACCUGCGCUUCCUCAGCAUCGACUUCCUCAACACCUUCCUGCACACCUACCGCAUCUUCACCACGGCCGCCGUGGUGCUGGGCACGCUCGCCGACAUCUACAAGAGGCCCUUCACCUCCAUCCCCGCCAGGUCUCUGGAGCUGUUCUUUGCCACCAGCCAGGGCAGCAGAGGGGAACACCUGGUGGAUGGCAAAUCCCCCCGGCUGUGCCGCAAGUUCUCCUCGCCACCGCCACUGGCUGCGUCCAGGACGUCCUCCCCCGUGAGGGCCAGGAAGCUGUCCUUGACGUCGCCCCUGAACUCCAGGAUCGGGGCCUUGGACCUGACCCCUUCCUCGGCGUCCAGCAGCCCGACCGCCACCCACAGCCCCACGGCGUCCCCACCACCGCACACGGCCCCGGCACCAGCGCCAGCACCAGCGGAGCGAGCAGGCGCUGACAGCUGCCCUGCUCCCACGGACGCCGUGGAGCUCUCCCCUUGCCGAUCGCCCUGCACCCCGCGGCACAUGCGCUACCGCCAGCCUGGAGGACAGCCCGCUGACAGUGCCUACUGCUCCGUGUCACCCGCCUCUGCUUUUGCCAUUGCCACAGCUGCAGCAGGACACGGGAGUCCACCAGGUUUUAACAACACCGAGAGAACCUGCGACAAAGAGUUCAUCAUUCGGAGAACGGCCACCAACCGGGUCCUGAACGUCCUCCGGCACUGGGUCUCCAAGCACGCGCAGGACUUCGAGCUCAACAAUGAGCUGAAGAUGAAUGUGCUGAACCUGCUGGAGGAAGUCCUGCGCGACCCCGACCUCCUUCCCCAGGAGAGGAAGGCGACAGCCAACAUCCUGAGGGCCCUUUCACAAGAUGAUCAAGAUGACGUCCACCUAAAACUAGAGGAUAUAAUUCAGACGGCGGACUGUCCGAAGGCCGAGUGCUUUGAGACCCUGUCGGCCAUGGAGCUGGCUGAGCAGAUCACGCUGCUGGACCACGUCAUCUUCAGGAGCAUCCCCUACGAGGAGUUCCUCGGGCAGGGCUGGAUGAAGCUGGAUAAGAACGAGAGAACCCCGUACAUCGUGAGAACCAGCCAGCACUUCAAUGACAUGAGUAACCUGGUGGCCUCCCAGAUAAUGAAUUACGCCGACAUCAGCUCCCGCGCCAACGCCAUCGAGAAGUGGGUGGCGGUGGCCGACAUUUGCCGAUGCCUGCACAACUACAACGGCGUGCUGGAGAUCAGCUCUGCCUUAAACAGGAGCGCCAUCUACAGGCUGAAGAAGACCUGGGCCAAGGUGUCCAAGCAGACGAAGGCUCUAAUGGACAAGCUACAGAAGACGGUCUCAUCGGAAGGAAGAUUUAAAAACCUCAGAGAAACCCUGAAGAACUGUAACCCGCCCGCAGUGCCCUACCUCGGGAUGUACCUGACGGACCUGGCCUUCAUCGAAGAAGGGACCCCCGACUUCACCGAGGAAGGCCUCGUCAACUUCUCCAAGAUGAGAAUGAUCUCACACAUCAUCCGAGAGAUACGCCAGUUCCAGCAGACUUCCUACCGGAUAGACCAUCAGCCAAAGGUCACUCAGUACUUGCUGGACAAAGCGCUUGUCAUAGACGAAGAGACGCUGUAUGAGCUGUCACUCAAGAUUGAGCCUCGACUCCCUGCUUGAAGACCUGGCCUUGCCCCCGAGGCCCCGGCAUUGUCACGGAGGGCGGACGGACCGAUCUACGCAUGCACACGGCACACCAGGCAGCAGGCACGGGGAGACGCCGCCAGUCUCCCACUGCACCCACAGAGAUGCAGCCAGGCUGGGGUUCUGCCUCCAGCCAGAGA